CUCUACUUCUCUUCACGCGUCUCCCCAAUACCCAUUGCCCUCAACACGCGUAAAUCACAAUCACAAUGCUUUCUACCGCGAGCCCCUGGUCUCACCAAACCUUUUACACGCCUAGCCGGCCCUCGCCACUUUCUUCACUGCCUCCAAAUGCUUGCCAGCGCUCGUUCGGCAGACCGGUCAUGAUGGAACGCUUUGGAUCUAACAAAGACAUUCCCUUCUCGAAGCGCGCAAUCAAGGCGAACCCCGUCGUGCAGACUCGCGAUGCCGUGAAGGAACGCCGUCGUGACAUGUUCUUCAAGAAGGUCCAGCAAGACCGCGACGACCGGAGAUGGGCUUCUCGAGGCGAACAGUUACUUCGACUGGACUUUGUCGCGGAACAGAAGCGGUGGGAGGCUGAGAAGGCGAAGGAGGCCCCGAAUGCUGAACGCGAUCUGGAUGACUACGUAUCCUCCGGAUGGAAUUCUGGACGACACACGAGCCGCUCCCAGCAGCGACAAGAUGCUGACGCUAACGUCGAAAACUACCCCGCGGAAGAGGCAGAUCACAUCCUGGAGCAAGAAAAUCGCGAACUGGACGCUUUGAUAUCAUCACUGAACGAGUCGCAUCCUGAUCAAGACGACAUACCCCAAGGCUUCGGAAGCGACGACGAUGACUAUGAUGCCCUCUUCAUGGACCUUUUGGGUUCGCAAGAGAAACAGCAGCAGAAUUCAGGAUCACAAUCAUAUGAAGACAACGACGCUAUGGACAUCUCAUGAAACUUCACGGACAGUCAUUGCAUUUCCAGGAGCAGGGAGUUGGGGUUAUCGUGAUUUCACUUGGACUUAUCAGCUUAUGGCGAUCAUGGCGGAGGCUUUCGUCGGGGAUUCCCAGGAUGCAAGGUCAUGCCGGGUCAUCUUGAAUGUGUACAGAGUGUAUAUUGUUUAUUGCUGCGGACAACCCGCAUCUAUUUCCCCCAGAGCCUCCUGAGCGGCAUUCAUGUCGCCUACGAGAUCGGGUGGCGGUGACCCAGCGGCUUGCAUCUUUUGCAUCCUCUCAACAAUGUAUUCUCUAUCCGGCGCGUUGGAAUCCGAGUACCCGUUCUUUUCAAACCUGGCCACGAUUUCCGUGACCAACCUGUGCUGCUCCUCGUACCUGUCGAGGUUCUCCUUUGGUGUUUUCUCCUUAUUCUUU